UUAACGUUGUUAUAGAAACACAAACAAUAUGGCGUAAAAUUUAUUCUGCAUUAUUUUUCUGGUAGUUUAAGGAUGUCUCACAGCACCUACAACAAACAAUGGGGAGAGGGACAGUCAGCAUUGCAGGAUCUCCUGCAACAGGAACUCCCAGAGGAGCCACCAAAACCAGAAAAGGAUCGUUUGGCAGCAUUCCAGUUACUGGCAACCAUGUAUAUAAAAUAUAUACAAAUAUUCCGUAAAUUGGAGCAGUCAUAUGAUCAGAUUGUCCACCCACAGAAAAGAAGAGUCUUACGUCAUGUUUUGGAUGGAGCAAUGGGAAGAAUUUUGGAACUGAAACAUGAAAUGGUCAACCUUGAGUUCUCAGAAUACCACUACUUUGAUGAUGUUUUAUCAGAUUUAAAGUUGACACCCAAUGAUGUAGAAAUACCAAUUCCAAAGUAUUUUAUCUACGAAAGAAUGGAAGCUUUACAGAAAAGGGAGAAAACUCUUGGUCAGAUACUUGCAAAAAUGGGACCACAAGACAAAGAUGAUCGUAAAGAAGAAAUAAAGAUGUCAUUUGAAGAAGCCAUCCAUAUUGUACAGAUUCAUGAGAGAGCGAGACAGGGAAGACUACGUGCUAAAUUUAUGAAGGAGAUUAGACAGCAGGAACUUGAUGAGAAGAAUCAAAGACGUACUGGUGCUCCAACUCUGGAUCCUGAUGUAGCAGCUGUCAGAAUUCAAAAGGUGUGGAAAGGUUUUGCACAAAGAAGGAAAACCAAACGUGACAGAGAAGAAGAAAUGAUGUUUAUAGGAAUGGCUCCACCUCCAAGGCCUCAAAAUCUAAAGAAUACUCAUGAGGCAUUAGCUACAAAGAGAGAAUCAGAGAGAAGAGUUAAACAAACUAAUUAUGAAAUAGAGUACCAGAAUGCACUUGUACAGAUUAAAGAAAAGAUUAAAGAAUCAGAAGGACCAGACAUCAAGGAAUCCAUGAUGGAUCAAAUCAGACAAUGGUUCAUUGAAUGCAGAGAUGCAACUGGAAAGUUCCCAGAAUUCCCUGAUGAAGAUGAUGGUGGAUCUAGUCUGAUAUUUAAGGAGAAAAGUCCAGAAGAAUUAGAAGCUGAAAUGAAAGAAAAGGAAGAAGGAGGUGGUAAAAAGAAAGAUAAAAAAGGCAAGAAGAAAGAUAAGAAAGAGAAAAAAGGAAAGAAAGACAAGAAAGGGAAGAAAGGAAAGAAAGGAGGGGACGAUGAUGAAGAGGAAGAAGGAUGGAAGAUGCAGGAAUCCACUUUUGUUCCUGCUAUAAAAGAUGGACAUGAAGAUUAUAAAGGUGUGUGGGUCACCAGGGACGAGAAAGACAAUUUCUCACAGAGACAUGAUGCUGAGCUAAUUAAAGAAAACAAGAGAAAAGAAGUAGAAGAAGAAGUCAGAAUACAAGUGGAUGAACUAAUGAGAGCAGAACUGAAAAAUCUGAAAGCUGCUGUUGAUAGAGAUAAGGGAAAGAAAGGUAAAGGAAAAAAAUCUGGAAAAAAGAAGAAGAAGAAGGGAAAGAAAAGUGGAAAGAAAGGAAAAAAGAAGAAGAAGGACAAAGAUAUAACUUCAGACAGGACAAUAGACUCUUUAUAUGAAGAGUUGGUAAGAGAAGGUAUAAUAGUUAGAACUCCACAGGUCAAGUUGUCAGACUACGAGGGAGAGUACAGUUAUCUAGGAACAACUUUACGUCAAGCUAAUAUAGAACCUAUGCCAUCAUUAAGUGAUGUCAGAAGACUAGUCACAGAGUUUGGCAUUUUACCUCUAGGUUCACCAGCAGUUCAUGAAAAAGCACCUUUAACUAAAUCUAUAUUACUGGCUGGUCCCCGAGGGACUGGUAAAAAGAUGUUAGUACAGGCAAUGUGUAAUGAAACAGGAGCAAACAUGUUUGAUUUGUCAGCGACAAACUUAGCAGGCAAAUAUCCUGGAAAAGAUGGAUUAAAAAUGUUAAUGCAUCUUGUUUUUAAGGUUGGAAGAGAACUUCAGCCCUCUGUUAUUUAUAUUGGAGAUUGUGAAAGAAUGUUUAAAAAGAAAGUUCCAAAAACAGAUCCGACUGAUCCAAAAAGAUUGAAAAAGGAACUUCCUAAACAAUUAAAAACUAUUAAAGGAGAUGAUAGGUUAUUAUUAGUGGGAACUUCACGGUGUCCAUUUGAUGGAGAGAUGAAACCACUGACCUCAUCAUAUCAAAGAAUUAUUUUGAUACCAAGACCUGACUAUGCAUCUAGACAUUUAUUAUGGCGAAGAUUAAUUUUAAAACAUGGUGGUACUUUAACCAACCACCUUGAUGUCAGCUCCCUUUCCAAAGUAACAGAUGGUUAUACACCAGGUCACAUGGUAACAGCGAUACAACAGAUUCUAACAGAAAGACGAAUUCAGGCAUUAUCAAAGAAACCAUUAACAUCUGUAGAAUUUAUAGCUCCUUUGGCCAGAAUAGACCCUAUAUAUAAAGAAGAAGAAGAGUCAUUUAAGGGUUGGUAUGCUAAAACUCCAUUAGGUAAGAAGAGGGCAAAGGCUGCACAGGCAGAUGAAGAUGGAGAUGGUGGAGGAAAAGGUGGCAAGGGAAAGAAAGGCAAAAAAGGAAAGAAAAGAGGCAAAAAGAAGGGAAAAAAGAAGAAGUAAAAUCUGUGAUAAAACUUUUGACAGAGACACAUUCCGCCCAAGUGAUAUCUUGUUUUUAUACACUUUUAUUGACUUUACAUGUAUGAAUAAUAAUUUAUUUUAAAUAUGAUUUAUGAAAAAAAUGUCUCAUUUUUCUUUUAACAACCAAUGAAGACAAGAAGCUACA